AGCGGGAUAAAGAGCCACCAACGCAGAUAUUCCUGUCCCUUGGUAUAGGGCGAGAUACCAUAGGCAGUUUGGCAGUAGUCGUUCCACUUAAUGUCGUUGUCGCUGCCACCGCUGCCUCCGUUACCACCGCCGCUCCCUGUUCCGCCGCUGCUGCUGCCACCACCAUUUCCGGUACCGCCAUUGUUAUUACCACCUCCGGCAAAUAGGGGUUGUUGGCCAGAAGCUUGCCGCUGUGCAUCGAUGCCGACCAGGACGCCAAUGGUGGUUCCGAUGGGGAUGGCCAGAAGGCCAGCGUUGACAACCCAGCGAAAGGCCAUGCCGUCAAGAGAGCAGCGGGACGGGAGGGGAAGGAGGAAGGAAGAUAAGAGCAGAAGUAUACAACACGAAGCCAAAGAGGAGGACAAGAAUCAAAAAGGAAAUGAGGCUAGAACUUGGUGCGAGGGAGCGAGUCAGACCGUGAUGGGUGACCUGAUUGGGAUGACACGGGCAAGACAAGAGAACAAAAACGGAGCAGGUGCUUAUCACCGCUCGAUCAGAUCCUCAGUACUAGUCCUAAUUACUGGGUACUAUGUAUUUAGUAUGUACCGUAACGUCCCCUGACUAGACCGAGCGCCAAGACCUCCGUGUCUGAGCCAGCGGCCGCUGACUGGCCAGCAGGCCCCCCUGACCCGUCGCUGAAUUGUAAGCAACCCAGCCCAAAGCAGAAUUUUCACCCCAUUUUUGUGGCUCGC